GGCCGGAGGGUUAGGCGCGGGGGCCGCUGGGAUUCCUGGCACGGCCUGUUUUCUGUUGGGUGUAGGCCUCAGGCCUCGGGUCUUGCCGGAGCGGCGGUUAUGGCCGAAGUGCAGGCGCCGCCGGUGGAGAAGGAGCGCGAGGAGGAGACGGUGUCCUGGACCCCGGAGGUGGAGGUUUGCCUUUUCCACGCGAUGUUGGGACACAAACCAGUGGGAGUAAAUCGACACUUCCACAUGAUCUGUAUCCGGGACAAAUUCAGUCAGAAUAUCGGACGUCAAGUCUCCUCUAAAAUAGUUUGGGAACACCUGAAUGUCAUGUAUGACAUGCAAGCACUGCACGAGUCUGAAAUCCUCCCUUUCCCAAAUGGCGAGCGGAAUUUUGUUCUCCCUGAAGACAUUAUUCAUGAAGUGAAAGAAGGAAAGAGUGGUGCAGAGGAAGAACUGAAGGAUGAGCAGAAGGAGGAGUUGCUGGACCAACCACCAGUUGAAGAGGGUAACCCAAAGGUGAUUGAAAAGCUGGUGGUGAAGGAGAAAGUGCUGGUUGCCGGCGAGGCUGGGACAAAAGAGGUGAUUGACAAGAGGAAAAGGAACCGAGCCACCGCAAAUCUCCUGAGCGUGAACAGCAACCCCUCCAGCCCCAGCGGAGCCAAACGUAGGCGGGUUUAGUGGUGGCGAUCAGCAUCUCGACUGAUUGU